UGCCAAUAUAAACCCCCCGGAGCCGGGGCAGUGUGAAGAAGAAGAGGCGAGAGCGACCCCCGGACCGACCAAAGCCCACGCGCCGCUGCAUCCCGCGCUCAGCGCCUACGUCCCGCCGCCGUCGCCACCAUGCCCAAGAGAAAGGCUGAAGGGGAUGCUAAAGGAGAUAAAGCCAAGGUGAAGGACGAACCACAGAGAAGAUCCGCGAGGUUGUCUGCUAAACCUGCUCCUCCAAAGCCAGAGCCCAAGCCUAAAAAGGCCCCUGCAAAGAAGGGAGAGAAGGUACCCAAAGGGAAAAAGGGAAAAGCUGAUGCUGGCAACGAAGGGAAUAACCCUGCAGAAAAUGGAGAUGCCAAAACAGACCAGGCACAGAAAGCCGAAGGUGCUGAAGAUGCCAAGUGAAGUGUGUGCAUUUUUGAUAACUGUGUAAUUCUGGUGACUGUACAGUUUAAAAUACUAUUUUUUAUCAAGUUUUAUAUAAAUGCA